AUGGAAAUCGACAACAAAAGCACCAAUGAGGCUAACACUCUUACAGCCUGUAUUACCAGACAGGACUACGGUUCAGUGGAGUCAGAAAUUAUUUUUAAGACAGAAUCAGAGGAAACAUAUUGGGAUCAAAUCAUCUUCUUGGGCAGAAACUCUGCUCCUUUAAUUGUAACAUUAUUUCUACAGUAUAGCAUUACUGUGUUUGCCAUUUUCUCAGUUGGUCAGUUAGGUAAAGAAGAGUUGGCAGCCGUCUCUUUGGCUACAAUUACUUACAAUGUUGGUAACUCUAUUUUCAACGGCAUGGCUACUUCGCUAGAUACCUUUUGUGCUCAGGCAUAUGGGUCAGGAAACCACAGGUUGGUUGGAAUGUAUUUCCAAAGAGGAACUGCCAUGAUUAUGGUGACGUCGAUUCCAGUCAUCAUUUUCUGGUGUUUUAGCGCCAGUGUUCUUCAGUUCAUUGUGCCGCAAAAAGAUCUUUUGAUUCUUGCACAACGCUACUUGAGAUACUUAUCUUUUGGUGCUCCGGGAUAUAUCCUCUUCGAGACAGGUAAACGAUUCUUACAAUGUCAAGGUAUUUAUACAGCCGCACAGUAUUCCCUCUUUCUAGUUGUGCCUAUCAAUAUUGGCUUAAAUGUCUUGUUGGUAUGGAGUAAGACUUAUGGGAUUGGGUUUGUCGGUGCCCCAAUAUCUAUUGCGAUUAGUUAUUGGACAAUGAGUGUAUUUUUAUUUCUUUAUGUUUUAUUGAUUGAUGGGAAAAAAUGCUGGUUUGGACUUGAGUUAAAGGGAGCCUUCAACCUUAGAGAAUGGACAUCAAUGUUCUCAUUAGCAAUGAACGGAACGGCAAUGCUAUUGUCUGAAUUCAUUGCAUUUGAGGUCUUGACUUUGACAGCCUCCAAGUUUGGAACAACUGCUCUCGCUGCCCAGUCCAUUGCUUCCACCACCGCUACUUUAGCAUUUCAGAUUCCAUUUGGAGUUUCGAUUGCUCUUUCCACCAAGAUUGCAGAUAGAGUAGGUCUGCAAGACAUAUCCGCAGUUCGAAAACUCAACAAGGUUACAUACUUGGUGUCCGUUUUCGUGGGAAUUCUCGACACUUGUAUUCUUCUUGGUCUUCGAACGGUUAUCGCUGGGUGUUUCACCACCGACAAGGAAGUAGUCAAUUUAGGUCUGAAGCUCCUUGCUAUUUUGGGAAUCAAUCAGUUAUACGACUGUCCUAAUGUCAUUCUAGCAGGAUGUCUCAGGGGUCAAGGAAGGCAAGCUAUUGGAUCGAGACUCAAUCUUAUUAUCUACUAUUUGAUUGCUUUGCCCAUGGCAUUGCUUUUGGCCUUCACAUUCGGAUUCAAACUCUACGGACUUUGGGUUGGCUUGGGGAUUGGUAUAUUCGUGUUGGCUGCUUCUGAGUUGUAUUAUGUGUUACAUUCUAAUUGGAUUAGUAUCUUAGAUGCCGGGAGACGGAGGCUUAUGUGA